CUGACCAGACAGAAGAGMAGUUUGUUCUGGAACAGAAGACUGAUACCUUCAUUGAGACUUCAACUUGUGAAGAUCAAGACCACAGUGAACCAGAACCAAACAUGGACCAACUCCACUGUCACAUGUCUCCUGUAGAAGGGAUCCAAGAACCAAACAGAAGCAUGCAGGAAACACCAGGACCAAGUCCAAACUUAGUGCUGAAGGCAAAGAAGAGUUCUGACAGAAACAGAAGUAAGACUGUAAAAAGCUCUUAUCUGUCAGACAGUCUGUGUGAUGUUGACUCAGAUAAGGUUUUGGUCAAAUGGGACAUUUGUGGUAAAACUUUGAAGAUAAAAUCCUUUUUGAAGAAAUGUGGCAGAAUUGACACAGGUGAGAAUCAUGACUUUGAUAACACAGGUGAGAAAUCAGUUUGUGCCUCAUCAGCACCACGACACAGUCACAUAGAUGAGAGUAAAACAAACACUAACAAGAGUCAUAGAACUAUUUUUUCUCAUUUAUCAUCACUGAAGCGUCACAAUAAAGUUCACUCACAGGAAAAAUCUUUUUCAGCUAAAUUAUGUGAUAAAAUGUUUAAACAAAGUAACAAUUUGUUGUCCCAAAUGAAAACUUGCAAAGGGAAAAAAUCAUUUUCUUGUAAAGAAUGUGAGAAGAACUUUAGUUGUAAGGGUCACCUAUUGACCCACGUGAGAACUCACACAGGUGAGAGGCCCUAUUCUUGCGAACAAUGUGAGAAGAGUUUCAGUCUAAAGAGUAACUUAUUGACCCACAUGAGAACUCACACAGGUGAGAAGCUAUAUUCUUGCAAAGAAUGUGGAAAGAGUUUCAGUCGAAAGGGUAACUUAUUGACCCACAUGAAAACUCACACUGGUGAGAAGCCAUAUUCUUGCGAACAAUGUGGGAAGAGUGUCAGUCGAAAAAGUACCUUAUUGACUCACAUGAGAACUCAUACAGGUGAGAAACCUUAUUCUUGCAAAGAAUGUGGAAAGAGUUUCACUUUAAAGCAUCACUUGUUGUUUCACAUGAAAACUCACACAGGUGAGAAACCACUUUCGUGCAAAAAAUGUGGGAAGAGUUUCUUACAAACAGGUAACUUAUUAAAACACAUGAGAACUCACACAGGUGAGAAGCCGUAUUCUUGCAAACAAUGUGGGAAGAGUUUCAGUCGAAGUUAUACGCUAUUGACCCAUAUGAGAAGUCACACAGGUGAGAAGCCAUACUCUUGCAAACAAUGUGGGAAGAGUUUCUUUCAAACGGGUAACUUAUUGACCCACAUGAGAACUCACACAGGUGAGAAACCAUUUUCUUGCAAAAAAUGUGGUAAGAGUUUCUUGCAAAUGGGUAACUUACUUGCUCACAUGAGAACUCACACAGGUGAUAAGCCAUAUUUGUGCAAACAAUGUGGGAAGAGAUUUGGUCUUAAAUUCAGCUUAUUGAAACACAUGAGAAUUCACACUGGUGAGAAGCCGUAUUCUUGCAAACAAUGUGGGAAUAGUUACAGUAGAAGGGAUACGUUAUUGACCCACAUGAAAACUCACACAGGUGAGAAGCCAAUUUCUAGCAAAUAACGGAAGUAAAAAAUACUUGGAAAAAUCUUUGCAGUGCCAUAAAUGACAAAAUUUUGAUCUUAGCCCCCAAAUAAGCGUUUUCUCCAUUUAAAAAUUUUCUGGUGAAAGUCACAAGAAGUAAUAAUUAGUAGUUAAUUAGUAUAAUGUUUCUGUUUCAUAUUAGAUCAGUCUCUUCCCUGGUCACUUUUAAAACUUAACCUUGUUGUUUUACCUGUUUUAUAGCCUGGUAAAAACCAGACCCCUGUCCUUCACUUUGCUUCGUACGAGGGUCUG